AUGGGUCAGUCGCAUUCCAAGAGCAACGCCUCGGGCGACACUCUGCAGUCCUACCCUUCGUUUUCCAAGACCGACACCAAGGAGUCUCUCCGCUCGUUCCGCGGCUCGAUCCGAUCGAAAAUCCCUGGUGCUCGCAGCUCCGAUAGCCCUCGGGGCUCCACCACUGCUCUCUCCCGGACUGAGAGUCAGACCGACAAAUCCGAUGCUGGAUCCCUUAAGUCAGUCGGAAGUCGCCCUGGCUCCAAUGCCGGCCUCCCUCAGUCGCCUGGUUCCGAGACCGCUUCGCGACCCGGCUCCCCCCAACCCCCACCAUCUCCCUCGCUUUCCACCAGUUUGCAACGAGGCCACAAGGAUGUGGACGCGAUGAAAGAGAGCGGCGAAGUCGACCAUGUAUCAGAUAACCCUCCCACUGGUGGCCCCCCAACCGGGGCCUCCGCGGUCACUUCAGGAUCUCCCGGUAUGGGUAUGGGUGCUUUGAAAUCCAUUGAUUUGGACGACAUGAUUUCGCGACUCCUAGAUGCUGGUUAUUCCAGUAAGGUUACCAAAACAGUCUGCCUGAAGAAUGCGGAGAUUACCGCCAUCUGCACCGCCGCUCGCGAGCUCUUCCUAUCGCAGCCUGCUCUGCUGGAGCUGUCGGCUCCCGUGAAGAUUGUCGGUGAUGUCCACGGCCAAUACACUGACCUCAUUCGACUAUUCGAGAUGUGUGGAUUCCCUCCUGCUUCGAACUACCUUUUCCUGGGUGACUAUGUCGACCGAGGCAAGCAGAGUCUGGAGACAAUCCUUCUGCUGAUGUGCUAUAAACUCAAAUACCCGGAGAACUUCUUCCUACUUCGAGGAAACCAUGAAUGUGCCAACGUUACCCGUGUUUAUGGGUUCUAUGAUGAGUGCAAGCGUCGUUGCAACAUCAAGGUUUGGAAGACCUUUAUCGAUACCUUCAAUACUCUCCCGAUUGCUGCGAUUGUGGCCGGUAAAAUCUUCUGUGUUCACGGUGGUCUCUCUCCUAGUCUUUCUCAUAUGGAUGACAUUCGCGGCAUCGCUCGCCCCACUGACGUGCCGGACUAUGGCUUGUUGAACGACCUCCUGUGGAGUGACCCGGCAGACAUGGAGGAAGAUUGGGAACCAAACGAGCGUGGCGUCAGCUACUGCUUCGGAAAGAAGGUGAUCAUGGACUUUUUGCAGCGUCACGACUUUGACCUGGUUUGCCGCGCCCACAUGGUGGUUGAGGAUGGAUAUGAAUUCUACCAGGAUCGCAUUCUGGUGACUGUGUUUUCUGCACCCAACUAUUGCGGCGAGUUCGAUAACUGGGGCGCUAUUAUGUCAGUCUCCGGCGAACUCCUUUGCAGCUUCGAACUUCUCAAACCCUUGGACUCGACUGCCCUGAAGAAUCACAUCAAGAAGGGCCGAAACAAGCGCAACAGCAUGCUGAACAGCCCCCCUGCGGCGGUAUCGGCGCAAAGUUAUUAG